AUCCAUACGAGAUUUGGAAGUCCUUUAUCAGAAAUACAAAUACGGGAAUAUCGUUGUCCUAGGAUUGAUAUACAAUGAUGAUGGAAGUUCUAUAAUGAUAUUUAUACCUCUCCAAGCAAGCCUCCUAAAGUGGGGCACUGCAAUUCAGGGGUAGAUCUUCCGUAAGCGAGAGAUAAGAUAGCAUAAACUCUUGGCAGCCACAACCUCGGGCUAGUCUUCCUCCCCUUCACAUCCCAGCCCCUUCCUUCCAUCAUUGAUAUUCUGGCCAGACGAACCACAACUAUGGGUGUCAAAGUGCGUCUGGCAGUGGUCUCGACAGCCGGCGCGCGUGGGAAGCUAGGCUCAGUGAAGGUCGUCUUCACAAGAGUGGGGUUGACGUUGAUUCUCCUCGUUAUUUUUCUAUGGUGGAGAGAAUUGGGCUUUGAGAAAGCUCCGUCGCGAUCGUGGUUUGAAAAGAAUUCAAUUGGAGGCAUGAAGGGGUGGAUAUGGGGCGAGAUCAAGCCCUCAGAAGACCUCAUAUGGUACCCAUGCUACAAUGAAUACGAUUGCGCUCGGCUGGAGGUACCGCUCGACUGGCUCGACCCCUCUCCCCCGAACAUGGUCACCAUUGCUAUAAUCCGCUACAACGCAACCGAGAGAACCAACUACAAGGGACCGAUUUUCGUCAAUCCAGGUGGGCCAGGUGGUUCCGGUAUCUGGUUUGUCAAACAUCUGGCACCUUACUAUCAGUCUGUCGUGGGAAGGAAUCACGACAUUAUCUCUUUCGAUCCCCGCGGUAUCGGAGCAACUGUUCCACCAAUAUCUUGCUGGAAUUUAUCGUCUUCAACCAGCAUCUCUUCGCUCCUCUGGGAUAUCCAAGCACCGCCGGUUCUUGAUGCUCAUGCGGGCGUCCUCUACGAUGCAUACGCCCACGCAUCAGCGUUCUCACAGCAAUGCGCUUCCAUCAUCGGUUCAGAUGAACAUAUGAUAGGCAGAUUCGUAAGCACAGCGAGUGUAGCGAGGGAUAUGCUACAUAUCAUUGAGAAACUUGGAGAGGAGAAAUUGAAAUACUGGGGUUUCAGCUAUGGGACGUUCUUGGGCGUUACGUUUGCGAGUCUCUGGCCUCAGAAAGUGGGGCGGAUGGUGCUUGACGGCAACGUGGACGCCGAACAAUACUCCUCCGGCGAAGGAACUCAUUUCUUAACAGACACUGAUGCCGUAAUGAAUUCCUUCUUCACCUACUGUCACGCUGCCGGGCCCACUCUCUGUGCUCUCUACGCUUCUUCCCCCUCCACCAUCGAGGUCCGACUCGCGACUCUCCUCGCAACCCUCAAAAACUCCCCAGUCAUUGUGCCAGCCUCAUCGCCAAACAGCAGACCCGAGAUCAUUACUUUUAGCAGAGUACGGAAGCUGAUAUCUAGCGCUCUCUACCGUCCCCUCGUCGUCUUCCCCGCCUUAGCGUCAGCUCUCGCCGCCCUCGAAUCUGGAGACGGGAAGCCAUUCCUCUCAAUCUCCCCACAAUUCCAAGAUCAACUCCCACUUUGCGACUCUACUUCCUCUCUUGAUCCCGCCCCAGAAAUGCCAGAAGUAGAAAGCUCAGCAGACGCCUCCGUCGCAAUCCUUUGCUCCGACCAAGCGCCGUUCACCGGCGGCGUUUCCGCCUUCUCCAGCUAUCUUGAACAAUGCUCGAAUGCGUCGAAAAGUGCAGGUGCGACGAUGGCGAGCAUGAGGCUUGGGUGUGUUGAGUGGGGUGUUCGUGCAAAGUGGCGAUUUGAUGGACCCUUUGGGACGGAUGCCGAGACGAAGAUAUUGUUUGUGGGCAAUAGAGCAGAUAACAUCACGCCGUUGAAGAGCGCGUACAUCAACGCGGCGAGGUUUCCUGGGAGUGUGGUGUUGGAGCAGAAUUCGUACGGACACACGAGUUUAAGCAUGCCGAGUAGGUGUACCGCGAAGACGAUUCGGGAGUAUUUUCAGGAGGGAGCGAUGCCGGAGGAGGGAAAGGUGUGUGAGGGAGAUUUGAUACCUUUCCAACCUUGGAACAACACUUCUGCUACGGCGGUCGCGGAAGAUGAUGAACAUGCAGAGCUUGAUGAGGCUUUGAUGGGAUUGAUGAAGUUUCCUCCUCCCUUCGGCACAUGAGAGAGAUGAGAUAUACUGGCUAGGAAUGGAAUUAUGAACAAUCUAAUUUUCUCUGGCUACCGCUGUCCCACAAAUACAUACAUGCGGCUAGACUUUUUGAUGCAGGCACUCGUACAACUUUUCCAAUGCACCGAUGCGCCAAGAUGAUAUGCAGAUGUAGACUCCUUACGCCAUCCUUGCUAUGCAUACCGAGAAGUAAAAGACUCAUAAAACGAAGACAUCCCUUCUCUCCCGGCUCACUUGAACCCAGAAACUAAACCUCCACACCUGCCAUGGAUGUUACCGGCUCUCAAAAGAGAAAGCCUAAAACAGCCAAAGCAGCUCAACAACUCUAUCGAUCCCCACAC